AUGGCGGUGUUCAUGCCAAAAUAUCGACUGUUCUCCAGAGCAGUGAACCUAAAACCGAACCCCAAACAGUGGUCUACGAAAUGGACUUUUGUGCAGCGUUCAAUUUACGGCAGUAGACAGCUCCACCAGCAGCAGCAGCAGCAACAGCAGCCGCAACCGAACUCGUCAGGCGCCAACUCGCAACAUCAGCAUCAGCACCACCAGCACCAUCACCAGCAUCAGUACCAUCAUCAGUCGACGACAGGUAAAUCGCGUAAUAAAAUUUACAGAAAGUGGAGUUGGAAGGCCGGAGCAGGUUGGACUAUAUUAUCGGUUUUGGAUUGGUGGUUACUAGCAGCCGGCGGUUGGCUGACUUGGCGUGGUGUGUUCCUUCGUUGGACGCCAAUCGGUAUCUGUAUGGUGGUGGCAGCAAAGUGGCACCUUCAUAAUCGUGAACUCGAUAAGAAGGGCCUUCCCCGCACCGCAGCAAAAUGGCAGGCGAAAAUGUACUGCUCGUUGCCAUUGCGCGUCAUGAGCCGCUGCUGGGGUUGGAUGGCCGAUCGAAAGGUUCCAAAACCGGUGCGCCCCAUGGUGUAUGGUCUCUAUUCCACCACGUUUGGUGUGAAGAUGGAAGAAGCCGCGACAGACAACUUCAAAGACUAUCGUAGCUUAGGAGAGUUUUUCACCCGUCCUCUAAAGGAAGAUGCGCGUCCUAUCGAUCCAAAUACCAGCUUCGUUUCCCCGUGUGAUGGACGAAUUUUACACUUCGGUCCGGCCAAUUCCAGCCAAAUAGAACAGGUGAAAGGGGUAUCGUACAGUUUAGAAGCCUUUCUGGGGCCUCCCACGUGGUGUAAUAGCGAUGCUACGGAAAUGGUUGAGAAAGUGAAGAAAAAAUCAUCUCCUGACAGUGUGCUGUAUCAGUGCGUCAUCUACCUAGCGCCGGGCGAUUACCAUCGGUUCCAUUCGCCUGCCCUUUGGAAGCCGGAAGUUCGCAGGCACUUUUCUGGCGAGUUGCUGUCCGUCAGUCCAAAGAUUGCCGGAUGGAUUCCAGGGCUGUUUUGUUUGAACGAGCGGGCCGUGUACAUCGGCAAGUGGAAACACGGAUUCUUCAGCUACACUGCCGUGGGAGCGACCAACGUGGGGUCUGUAGAAAUUUUUAUGGAUGAAAAGCUGAAAACCAAUAAAUGGGUAGGAUUAGCCUGUGGUAGCCACAAAAAAAAGGAAUACGACGAGUUGGAGCUACCGAAAGAUAAAUACCUAGACAAGGGUGAAUUAGUAGGACAAUUCAGAAUGGGUAGUACGAUCGUGCUCAUCUUUGAAGCUCCCAAAGAAUUCAAAUUUAACUUGUUUCCCGGUCAGCGCGUUAAAGUUGGCGAAAAAUUAGGAACUUUUGAGGGUAUUGAAGAACAAACAGAGGACCACGAAGAAGUGAAGCGCGUCAUAGAAUCUUUGUGUGACUCGGAAACUACAAAAUUAUGAAAUUCGCUCAUUGCACGUGUAAUGGUGGAGUAUGGUUAAUUAGCUGGCACCCGAGAAUUUCAGCGUAUCGGUGUAGUCUCAGGAUUGAACUAGAUUUAACUGACAAUAUUACUUUUAACGUUUACUUGUACCAAGGUCACCAUUAAGUUCAUCUAGCUAAUAAUCGACAAGCGGAGAGAAAGGCUCCUAGAAUUAGGGGGCACUAAUUGUUGAUAAUAGUUGUGCUUCUAUUUAAUAUGCAAAAUGUAAAAGCAGAAAAAACAUAGUUCUACUACUUGCAGCUACAGUAAUUCAGGAUGCAAUACUUGGUUGCAUAAUGUAUCAACAAAGUGCUAACUUUCGCUAAAAACACAUACGAGUAAGUUAGUUGCAAAUACCGAAAGAGUAGUACAUAUUGUACAUAACAACGCUGGUUCUAACCACCAGAUCUCGGCAUGUGCCAUAGCGGAAAAAAAACUACAAUAAACGGUAGCAUCAGAUAAGGCCUAGAAUAUAGUUAGUUAACAACGUUGAGCUACAUGAGUACUGAUGCUGCACGAUCGUGAUUUAGAUGUGAUCGAAAUACCGUUAACAGUUCGACGUAUGAUUGUUAUACGAGUUAUUUCAGUCACUCAUAUAAACAUGACCUUAAACAAAUGUAAGAAUAAAACCAUUGUUGACCUCAAUUACCGGUAGGUUCUUCGAUGAACCUUCAUAUAGGUGAUUAUUUUAAAUACAAAUCGGUAUACACAGCGGAACAGAUUACAAAUCAGGAUUGCU